AGCUGAGCAGGUUUGAGUGGUCCUGUGUGCUGUGCUCUCUGUCCUGCCGCUGCAAGCUGUGGAGGGUGCUCAGGCAAGCUCCGAAGUUGCGACAUGGAUGCAUUGACCUAUGAUGAUGUGCAUGUGAACUUCACUCGAGAAGAAUGGGCUUUGCUGAAUCCUACACAGAGGAAUCUCUACAAAGAUGUGAUGUUGGAGAUCUACAGGAACCUCAAAGCUGUAGGCUACGAUUGGGAAGACCAAAACACUGAAGAACAUUGUCAAAGUUCCAGAAGACAUGGAAGUUAUACCCUAUAUCACAAUGGAUACAAGUCAUGUGAGUAUAGGGAUAUUGAAAGAAGUAGAACCUUCUCUCUCUCCCAGAACAAUUAAAAUAUAUGUAGUAGUCCACAUUUGCAAACUUUCUCACUGUGAUACAAGUUUAUAAUUAGUUGGUUCUCCAACUUCAGUGGGAAUAUAUCCAUAAACUCACACUGCAUAAAAUCCCUAUCAGUACUAGGAUUGUGGAAAUUCUUUUAUGUUUGUCGUGGUUUAUUUUGUCAAUGUAUAUUUCACAAUAUAGGAAAAUUUAUGAAUGUACUCAGUGUGGUAAAGCUCUGAGCUCUUCUAUUUCUCUUGAAAUAUGUGAAAAAUCUCAUAGAGAAAAAGGAUGUGAAAAAUCUUAAGAUGUGAGUCCUCUUUACAAUUAGACCAAAUUGUAAGAUUAAUUCCUACAGAUAAAAAGAAUCAUCAAUUUAGUGAAUGUGGUAAAGCUUUCACAUGUGCCAAUUAUCUUUGCAGGCAUGAAAGAAGUCAUAUUGGAGAAAAGCCCUCUGAAAAUACUCAAUGUGGUAAAGCCUUUGCAAAUCAAAGUCAUGUCCAUGUACAUAAAAGAAUACAUACUGGAGAGAAACCCUAUGAAUGUAAUCAAUGUGGUAAAGCCUUUGCACAAAAGGCUCAUCUCAAAAUACAUAUAAUAACACAUACUGGAGAGAAACCUUACAAAUGUGAUCAAUGUGAUAAAGCCUUUGCAUCUCAUAGUACUCUCCAAGUACAUAAAAGGACACAUACUGGAGAGAAACCCUAUGAAUGUGAUCAGUGUGGUAAAGCCUUUGCACAUCAUUGUCAUUUCCAAGUACAUAAAAGAAUACAUACUGGAGAGAAACCUUA